UUCAACCAAUAGCAGCGUUUGUUCCUGCGAUGUCUGUUUGUUAGUACUGCGCAUGUGUGAACACCACCAGCGUUUUUAGCAAACUGAGAGCUCACGCGUGAGAGGCCAUGGAUACUCAGAAAGACAUUCAGCCUCCUAAACAGCAGCCGAUGAUCUAUAUUUGUGGAGAGUGUCAUACAGAAAAUGAGAUCAAGGCCAGAGACCCCAUCAGAUGUAGAGAAUGCGGUUACAGGAUCAUGUACAAGAAGAGGACCAAAAGAUUGGUCGUGUUUGAUGCCCGAUGAGAUGCGUCUGCUGUUUUCCUGUUAGAAUUAGCUUGUUUUUUUUUAUAUCUUUGACUGUGUAAAUACAUGUAUACAAUUUGAAUAGGCAGUAAUGGGUCAAAAUUGAGUAAAAUACAAUUUACAAAAAAAAUCUUGAGUGAAUGU